AUGAUUGACAAUAUAAGUUUUUGUGUUACCUCGGAUAAUAGGGUGUCUCGUGCGUAUGGGGGCGGGAUAUGUUCGAUCUUGUCAAGGACUGGACGCCAUCUAGCUAGCCUGCUACUUGCUGUACAACUAGCUGGGCGUAACUUUGCAAAGCACCUUUGGCAGAGCGACCGCCUCAAUUUGAAAAAAGUUUCUGCAUUUAGACCGCGCGACAGAGAUCUUAAAUUUGCUACACUUGUCCAAGCAGCAAUCAAAUUGAUAGAUCUACGGGUUGGGGCCAAAAUGAAUCACAACAUGUUGACGGAGCGGGCGCUCCGGGAUGUGUUUUCCACCACUAGUUACAUCUCCAUAGGCACAAAAGAUGCGCCUCUCAAUUAUGGCGAGCAACACGAAAAUUAUCGGUCUUGCUACAAGGGAAAGCAGUUUCUGACACAGCCUCCCAAGGAGGGUAAAACAGUGGACACAUACUUCGACAAGAAGCACUUGUGGAUAGCAGAUGGGGCCAAGUACGAGGACAAGAUCACAUACCGUGGACAGGAAAAGAAGGUGGGGUUCUGGACAGGGGACUUUAUGAAGCGCGACGAGUUCACGAGCACCAUCCGUGUGGAGCAGUACCGGACACAGCUGCGGCAAGAGAUCAAGGUGACGAAGAAGGCGCUGGAGAACCUCCAGGGGACGGAGGCGCACGCGCGGCUGCAGGCGCUGCAGAGCGAGCUUGCGAGCACCUACGGCAAGGAAGAGAAGAGCAGGUUCGAGGGGCCAGAGUACCUGUUCGACGUCGGGCGGGAGGCGGUGACGGAGGCCUGUACCAAAUGCCACCGGGACACUUUCUACUGCCCGCACAGAGCGGCGUACUGUAACAACAACACGGAAAUUGAGAAGCGGACGGGUGGCUAUAGAACGGCAUAUGCAGACAUCGGCCUUACGGCCAAGACGCAGAACUACGCCAAGCCGGAGUAUGCGCGGAAGCCGGUCAUCCGAGAGACGCUUUUCCGAAAGACAAAUGUCUUCUUUGAGCCAAAAGAGAACUAG